GUGCCCGUGGUUGCGUGCCAGGGUGUCCGGGGAUGGACGAACGGAGACGUGUCGUCUUCCACUGGUGCCCAUCACACUGAGCAUCGAGUGGACGAAGACGCGAAAGCGAUGGCCGACCUUCCUACAGUAGCGAACGAUCGCUCGCUCGUGCACGCGAAGCACCUUCCCGCGGUCCAACUGAAGUCCGAUGGGGCAAAGCAGUACCGCGAGCAGAGCGCAUACGCGGGGAAGCACUUUCUGAGACUGCGACUGUUUGACUCACCUAAGUACACUGCGAAAGCUGCGCUCGAGGCACACGGACACUCUAAAACGAGGAUGGCGCGGUUCUGUUGCCGCGUUGUACUCAAUCACGAGCCU